AUGGAGAGGUGGGUAAGCAAAAGAUGGGCAAAGAAAGAUGUGGUUAGAGUUAUGGAUUUGGAAGAAAAUUUCUUCCUUGUCAGAUUCUCUAACCAAGAAGAUUACUCCCAUGCUUUGUUUGAAGGGCCAUGGAUGAUUGCAGAUCACUACCUCUUGAUCCAGAGAUGGAGACCGCUAUUUAUACCACAAGAAGUUAAUAUCCAAAAGGUUGCUGUUUGGAUUCGGAUCCCUAAUCUUCCGGCAGAACUCUAUAACAAAUAUUUUCUCUGGAAAGUUGGGAAAGCUCUGGGUACCAUGCUCAAAGUUGAUGAACUCACCUCUAUCCAUUCUAGAGCUCUUGGCAAAGACUUCAAGCUUGAAUACGAAGGUCUCCACCAGAUUUGCUUUAAGUGUGGACAGUAUGGCCAUAAGGUAGAAGAUUGUCAUGAAAUUUUUGGAGAUCUAAUUAAAAAAGUGGUAGCUGCUGCCAUGGAGGUUGAUCGGAGCAACCAGGAAUGUGGUGGUGGUAACCCAAGCAAAAAUGGAAAGGAGCCGUUAGAGCAGGAAGACAAUCUCAGGGUAGAAUCCUCAAAGGAGGGAAAUAAGGAGAUUGAUGGGAGUAAUCAAGAUCCUAAAGACAAAAAACGCAAUAAUCUCUUCCCCAAAGAGGAAAAUCCGUUUGGUCCUUGGAUGUUAGUAAAAAGAAAUCAAAGAAGAUACAAGCCGAAGAUGGAAGAUUCUCAUAUGGAGAAAAAGGAAAGAUUUCAGUCAAGCAGAUUUCAAGCUUUAGAAGGAAUUAAUUCAGAAGAUUACGUGGAGGAAAAUCAGAGUAACUAUUAUGGGAAACAAGAAUACUACGCCAAUAGCAAUAAAGAGACUAAAGAAGGAAAGGAAAAAUCCAACCAGCACCCAGAUUUGAUACCCAAAAAUCUGGGCCACCAAAAAAAUCAGCAAAAAUCUAAGGCUCCCCCCUCACAAGUAAAAGGAAGGCCCAUUGAAAUCAGUAAGAAGCAACAGACCAUUCAAAGUCAGCCCAAGCAAUCAAACAAAAUAGACCUUGUGAAUGCUAGUUCACAGGUCACAGAUCCUUCAACAAGUAAUGCAAGGAGAGUUCAAAAUGAGAAAAACAAAAAUGACCACAGUGAUUAUUGGUGA